AUGGCAGUCCUCAGGACUCAGAAAUGUACACGCGCAAAGCUCACUAGCACACAGAAAGCAGAACAGCGUCAGAAGCUCGCCAAUCUUACAAAUGCCAUUGAGACUGCGCGAGACGCGUACCAGGAGGAAGUACAGGGCAUAUCUCAAGACUAUGGGAGGUCUUUGAAAUGGACACGAGCCCAACUGAAUGGAGGUCAUCUGACUCGACAAUGGCGCAAGGCCAGUUCCUGGAAUGCUCUUGUGAGCAUAAAACUCAAUGAAGCCAAUGAGACUCGUGGGCCUGGGGAAUGUACCAUGGAAAAAGAGUGGUUAGCGAUACAUGCGCAUACCUUGGUUGAAGGCUUCUACAUUGCUGUUUGGGGAGAUUUAGAACAUUACCAUGAAGUGAAAAUAUUCAUCACCGCUAAGGCCAAGUCCUUUAUCAAAGAUGUACUGCAUUUUGAACCCAAGCAUCUCACACUCAAGUUUGAGUCUUGGGCAUUCAGAGAUUUCGUUUGUGCCGAAAAAAACAUUCAAGAUGGGUUGGAUAACAUCUUGCAAAAGCACCAGUUAACAUCAAGGAAGAGGUUUAUGCGGUCACUGAUCAACGGAUGGACUUAUGAGAAGAACAUUUGCAACCCUGGGAAAAUUGGCUGUCGAGAGUGUUUAAUCAUCCUGCUCGAUGCAUCAGUCACUAACAAAUGCCGCUGGGAUGUGUUGACUGAUGAGGAGUUGUCAGACCGCAUCAGCAACAACCACAAGCGUCAAGCAAAUGGUGAAAAAAUCUACAAACCCCGCAAAGCCAGACAACCACAUGCUAUUAACAGUGCCAAGAGUGCCCAAACAGUCUGUGACACAGACUCAGAAGAUGAAGGGCAGGACAACGAGCAGGACAAUGAGCAGGAAAACGAGCAGGAGAACACAUGUGACAUGAAUGGAGUUAAAGAGAUGCAAGCGAGAGCGUUGGGAAAACAAUGGCAGGAGAGCGAAAACAUUGAGCUCACCGUUGAUGUCGAGCAGUGCAGUGAGAACUGGUCCUACAACAGAUGUGACAAGGAUCCGGUGAGAAACUAUGGCGGUAGAGGAAAAAACAUUGGACUCACUGUUGAUGUUGAAGAGCACAGCGAGGAGUGGUCCUACAGCGGGGAUAACAACAAGCAUAGGCGCAGAAUCUCUAUCCAAGUCUACUGCACAAGGUCCGACAAAGAUCCGAUAAAAAACGAUGGCAGGAGAGGCGAAAUAGCUUGCUCAUCAUUGGAAACGAUGAGCAAGGCUGUUCAGCUUGCCCAAGUCACUGCUGAUGUGCUGAGAAUACUGCUGGUAGGGGGGUUCAUAGCUAUUCCUUAUGAAUUAGUAAUGGAAACAGGUACAUGGUACUAUUACUAA